UUGUCAUACCAACUCUGUAAAGUAAGGUAAGCAAGGUAAACGUCGUAUUGUCAUUUACGACAGCUAAUACCUGAUAAAAAAAUAUUAACUUCUUAUUACCUCAAGCAAAAUGAGUGACACUGAAGAGAAACAAAAAUAUCCGAAGCAGCAAAUUGCUGCGAUUCUUACAAUGACAGUCUUCAAAAAACUGUGUUUGGUAGGAAUACGAACGGCUUUAUAUGCCUACUUGGAGAAUAUCGCAAAGUACAGUAAAGACGACGCUGAAAUGGUAUAUAACGCCUUUCGCAGCUUUAACUAUUGUUGUCCCUUGCUGGGGGCAUUAAUUGCCGACUGUUUUAUUGGAAAAUUUUACACAAUUGUGUUUUUCCUGAUUGCUUACACAAUCGGAACAUUGGUGUUGUCAGGAUCGGCUGUCCAAUUCUCAGAGGACAUUUCGCUACCGCUUUUCUUCUUCUCCCUUGGUUUGAUUACCCUGAGUGUGGGGGUGAUUAAACCGUGCAUUGCUGCGUUCGGAGGAGACCAGUUUAAGUUACCGGAACAGCACAAGCACCUGGAACAUUUCUUUUUGUUGGCUUACGUUGCUGUGAACACGGGAGCAGCAAUUGGCAUUUACGAAGCACCAAAUCUUCGAAAAAUGCAUUGCUUUGGGGCUGAUAGUUGUUAUUCAGCUGCGUUUCUAUUAUCCACUGUUAGCAUCAUUAUCAGCUUAAUUGUAUUUGUGGCGGCGAAACGCUGGUACGUCUGUGUCAAGCCACAAAGGUAUAAUACCGUCCUUUGGGUGUUGUGUAUGCUGAACGGAGUUAAGGAAAAAAUCGUUUCGAAAGAAAAACAAGAGCACUGGUUGGACUACUCUAAAAAAUCGUAUGGAGAGUCGUUUGUGAGACAAACAAAAAAUACCUUAAAAGUGGUUGUGAUUUUUACGGUUCUUCAAUUUCAUGGGGCCACUGUUAUUAUUACGAUGACUGGUUGGAGCACACAGUCACACUUUAUGCGAAAUGAACAAGGAGGCAGAGUUUUUAACCCGUCAACAAUUCGGUUCCUGAAUUAUGUAGCUGUGAUUCUUGUUACGCCAAUACUGUGUCUGAUUGUGUUGUUUUUACGUUCAAAAUGCCACAUCCGUGUUACACCACUUCAGCGUAUAGCCUGUGGUGCCUUUAUUGCGUCCGUAACUAUGUUCGUAGCAGCCGUUUUAUCUUUAAUAAUAGAAGCCGAAGUUCCAAAUUUGCCAGGACAAGGAGAAUGUCAUAUCAGAUUUUACAACCCUCUUAACUGUGCAGUUAAAAUAGACGCUCCUCCUUUCAUAGAUAAGGUGCAAAUUGAUCCAAUGGGAUACAAGUUUAUCUCAGUCAAAGUGAAAGGUACCAAGAAGUUAAAGCAUACGAUUUCUGGGUGUGAUAAAACAAUUUCAAACACCACCGGCCCAUUUGUUGUGGUCGAAGAAGUGAGCUUGGGUUAUUUUACCACGACAAAUGGUCUACAAGCCUUUAAAGAAGAUUUGGAAAAAGAUGCGGAUGGUGAUGCAAAAAUCAGAAGUUUAGUUGGAAGUUUGGGAAAAACAGACGAGAAAAUCAAAUAUGGUUGUGCAAAUGAUCAUGUCAUUAAAAUUGCGUCUCAGGAUUAUUCGGUGCAUAAGGUUGACUAUGGUUUUUACGAUAUUGGAGGUGUUAAAGACGCUGCAAGGUUUUUUCGUGGUGGCAUUUAUAGAGUUUUGCUUUAUUUCCAGGAUAAUAAAGUCGGGAACGUCACCUUUUAUGAAGUUGGGAAACCACAUCAGUUACACAUUUUGUGGCAAAUUCCCCAGUGUGUGCUCCACGCCAUAAGCAGGGUUUUGGUAACACCAGCAAUUUCAGAAUUUGCAUAUACACAAACGCCUUUUAAGUCGUUGAAAUGCACCAUCACUGCAAUUGGAUUGAUGGCAACAGGGGUAGGAGGAAUUAUAGUUAUACUGAUAGAAUUGAUGCAUCUUAAACAGUCGCAUUAUUACUUUACAUUUGGGGGAUUUACGAUGCUGUUUACAUUAAUUUUUAUUUUCUUAGCAGUUAGAUAUAGAUAUGUGGAUCAACGGUACGGUAAAGAAGAAAAUAUAUUAACUGAAGAUACCGAGAGCAAAGAUGAGUAGGAUUUCAAAAAUAAUAAAUAGUUUUAAAAUUUUAAAAUUGAUUCAACUCAUU